UGCUUCAGUCGAGUCCUGCCGGUUGCCGCGGUCGCCUCGCGCCGUGUGUCCCCGGGCCUCACGCCGCACGCGCGCACCGGAGAGACUCUCGUAACGCGGCUCGUCGAACCGAAUGUGGCUGUGACGCGUGUGUGGGUGACAGCGUGACAGCGUCCACGUGUGUGUGUGUCGGCGCUCUGCAUCUGGCGGAGAUUCGCUUCCCGCCGCGUGAGCGCGCGGGCCUUCCCUGCAGCCCGUCUCGCUGGUCCGCGUAGCGCCGCUUAGCCGCCAGGAUACUGCGCCCCGCGCAACCGCCUGCAACACAAAGGACUACGCAAGUGCCGCCACCAUGUCGACCGACUGCGGGUCCUGUUUGGCCAAGUACGUCUUGUGCCUCUUCAACUUCGUGCUCUUUCUCCUGGGCGGCGUCGUCCUGGGCGUGGGCGCGUGGUACGCCGCCGACAGCGCCUCCAUCGCCAAGCUCAUGCACACCAUCGAGAACACGCAGGGGCACAAGCUCCCCGACCUGACGGCGUCCGCCUACAUCCUCAUCGCGGCCGGCGCCUUCGUGUUCAUCAUCAGCUUCCUCGGCUACUGCGGCGCGGUCCGCGAGAGCCGCUGCCUGCUCACCACGUACGGCGUGCUGCUGGUCCUGAUCCUGAUCCUCGAAGUGGCCGCGGGCAUCAUCGGCGCGGCCUACAAGGACCAGGUCACUACCGAAACCAAGGGCCUGCUGAAAGCCACCAUCGUCAAGAACUACACCGCCAACGAGAACGACUCGGUGACCUACGUGUGGAACCACCUGAUGGCCCAGCUGCAGUGCUGCGGCGUUGACAACUUCAGGGACUUCGCCGAGGCGGAGCAAUGGAAGAGCUACACGCAGAAAGUGGUGCCCGAGGCGUGCUGCGUCCUGCAGCAACCCGUCUUUGACCUCAAGCCAGUCAACUCAGAAUGUGUUUACAAUCCCAGUGAAGCCAACUCAUACCUCUACAAGGGUUGCUACAAGGCUCUUGGAGACUGGAUUAACAAGCACAUGGAUGUCGUCAUUGGUGUUGGGAUUGGGUUGGGUGUGGUGCAGCUCUCUGCAAUUUUCCUGGCUUUUUGUCUUGCGAAAAGUAUCAAUGGCUCUUUUAAGUGAAGAGAAAUGCAGUCUGAGUGUUGAAAAAAAAAAUGACUUAAUGAUAGAAGAUGCUACUGUCAAUUGUAUGACCAUUUCCAAAUCUGUGCAGUGUACUAAUUUGUUAUUUAUUUUUCCGCCUUCAAAAUUUGUUAAUGUAGAAUGUAGAGUACUGCUGCAUAUCAUGUUAAAAUUUCCAAAUCACAUUUUAAAUUUGUUAGAGAAAAACCACAACUCCUUUUAUGGUCCAAGUCUGGCUUUUAAGAAUUAUAAGGUUGUUUUUCCCAUGUCACGAGGACUCAAUACUGACUUAAUUUAUUUCAACUCUCAGGUAAGAAUAGAGCAAAGACUUACGAUUCAUCCUUGAUAUUCUAGUCGUUCUUUUAGUGCAGUUUAAAAGUUGUGAUAAGUUUUGCAUGAGUGUUUCUGAAUUCAAAAUGAAUGAAUGAAUGUAGGGCAGCUUAUAGCAGUAAACCUCUUGAGAAUUUUACUUGCUCCCCACAUUAUUAAGCGCUGGAUUAUAAAAAAGCCCCAAAAUAGAAUCAGUUCAGGUACUAGCUCUUUUGACAGCUUGUGCAUUUGUAUUAUAGUACGAGAUUUUUUCAGCUACAUUCAGACAUCUUCUCAUCAUUUCAUUUAUAUUUUCUGUUGGUAUUUUAUUUAACUUCCUGGAAUACAGUACUUCAGGUGGUCCAUCAACUCAACAACGUCUCAUUGUAUUGCUGACCUCAUCAAGGUAUUUUUUGUAACACCUCUCAUUGUGUUGGUGUUUGUAAAUGAUAUCGUCAGUAUGAACAUGUCAAAUAGUGCAUAAAUAUCUAGUUUGUGCUCAAGCAAAGUACUGUCACAAAUUAGAUUAAGAUUCAUGUAUAUAAUUAGAAAGAUCCCAUAUGAUUUUGUAAGUUUGUAAUACUAUGUAAAAGUUCUGACUAAUCUUGUUUAUACUAGUUUUAAAACUUAGUAUAUGGACCAAUUUAACUUUAUUGCUAGUAUAAGUUAAGGUCAUUGCCAAUCUACUGAGGAGCCAAAGGAGCUCGUUUCUUUUUCUUGCAUGAAAUUGUGGAAUUUGAUAUUUGAAUGCAUUCCCCUCUGUUGGCAUAGUUCUGAAUUAAAGAAUUGUAUAUAA